AUGGGCCCGAACUACGACUUCAACGCGAUGCGCCCUGACUUGCCCGCGGCCGCCACCAUGGACAGACAGAGCAGAGCAGUCUUCAGACGCCAUUACGUCCGGUUGGACACGUACCCCAACGGUCCCGUCGAUCCCACUUACCUUGGUGCUGUGCGGGAGCCUGCUAUCGAUUACAUCUACCUCAACCCCAAGAUCGACGAGUUAUCCAUGGGCUACCAGACGGCUCCCCCGGUUUUGCACGAUCAGACCGAGCAAGAAGCAUUCUGCGCCCCCGACUUGGGCAACCAGUACAAUGUCAUGGUGAAGAAGAUUCGAGUGGUUGAUGAGGACUGGGUGCGCAGCAGCGGCUUCAUCGACGCCGAGAACUUUUGGGACCAGAUUGACGACGAGGUUUCGGCUCUCUACCUCAACUGCUACAUGUACCCCAACCUUCAGAGAGCUCGGGUCACGCUUCUCGGCCUUUACGAGGCUUUCUUGCCUGCGGGUAUGCCAAACAACUUCGCCAUCCGCUACUACACUGACGACGACGCGGUAUACAUCGCCGAGAUGGAGGAAGACGAGUCCGAGAAGAAGUACCGGUACACCGACACCCCGAACCGCCGUAGACCCCGAAACCUCGUUGUUCGCAUCGACAUCAACCAUGACGCAAGCAACGACCGCGAGGAGCACAGAGAGCUCGAGUGGACGGCUAUCCUCACCAAAGAAGAGAUCGAGUCCGAAGAUGCUUGGCUCGGCAAUCCCGAGUUCCACAGGCGCCUGGUGUGGGAGAUGGCUCGGAUGACCCUCGAGGAACGCCUUUGGAAGCGCCGUAUUCUCCCGACGCCCACGAUUGUCGGAAACCUUCAGCUGCUGUCAACGCCAACCACCAACUAA